GUCCAUGCAGGGAGCCACUUUGGGCUGCGUGUGCGUUUUGAUUAUAGCCUCAGACUUUUCAGACCAUGGGUUAAAACGGCAUCAAUGAAGGACCACAACACGACACGUCACUGGGGAACUUUCACAGCGUGUCCACACCUUUUUCAAAGGUCAUUGACCUCUGAGAAAGCACUGAUCCAGUUUGACUUCUACUCGCCCAUGACACUGAACUUUCAGUGUUUGGAUAAGCACUUUUAUCCUGUGAGGAGAUGGCCAAGGUGUAUAGACUCUAUGUGGCAAUAAUAACAGCUCUGGCCUUAUGCAAAUACUGCAUCGCAGAGGGCAACGCCACGGUGGAGUCCACCAAUCGAACUAUAGAGAACUGUCAUCACCAUGGCAACAGAGACAAUUGCACAGAAGACCCAAGAGAUAGAGAGCCAUGGAGCGGCCACUUCUCCAGAUGUCCUGAAGAACUAGUGCACUACUGUAUCCACGGGGAGUGUCGUUACAUUGAAGAACAGAAGGCACCGUCUUGCAGGUGUCACCAGGGUUACAUGGGCUCCAGGUGUGGAUAUUUGGACCUGGACUGGCGGAAAGGAGAGAAACAGCAAAUCAUAAUUGCAUGCGUCAUUGGCGGGCUCGUGCUGCUCAUUCUUCUCAUAGUGUUCAUCUGCAUCUGUUCACAUCGUAGCAGCAGAUUGUGUCGAUGGAGGGGCAGACGGAGGGAAGAACCGAGGAACGAGUCCGAGAAGCUCGGCAUGAUGGAUACCACAGCGAUGCACACGGUCUCAACAGAGACACCUGAAACAAACACUAUUUGAGGAGUUUGUAUGAGUCUGUGUGUCUGGGAACUGUUUAGAUAUGAGAGGAGUUGUCCUCCAUGUGGCAGCUGCUGCCUCUUUUCUCACAGUAACGGCAGCUUGGUGUCUCUGAGCUGGACAGGACGGAGGCCCACUCAGAGGGAGGGACAUUUGUGGAUAUUAUAUGUCCCUGGCUGUGGUCAAUCAAGCUGGAGCACAUGGAGUUUGCCCCCCUUCUCUUAAAAUUGCGCCCUGUCUUGGAAACUUGGGGACAAAGGAGAUACCUCCCUGGAUUUAUGAUAAACAACAAGUUGGGGAUGAGUGUCGGGAUGGACGUGCGCUGGCAAGGACACUUUUUUCCACUACAGGCACUUGUGGCCUGCCUCUGCUGCCUGCACGGAUCUUUUAAUCAAUUGUUGCUAUGCUGGAAAGACUGUGACAGGAGCUGACAGCCAGUGACAAUUGAUGAGGCUAUUGGUCUGGGUGCGGGAGACACUGAGACUGAGAGGAAAGUGACUUAAGUUCUCAUUGGGGAACUAUGGCAAGUUUAUAAAUCAUUGAAUGUAGAGAGAUACAAGUACCAGCAGCUACAGCAUGUACUGUAGUUUUGUGUGACAUUAUUUCUACUCUGUUUCCUGCUGCUUUUUUUUUUCUUUGGUGUCAAAUACACAGUAGAAAUAGUAUUUAUCACUUAUUCCUCUGUGCACAGCAAUGUCUCCACGGAAAACUCACACAGAAUAUUGUUACUGGUCAACACAAGCAAUGCAAGAGAAGCCUCACGUAUUACUAAAGGCUGCAGGUCUGAACGGCCGAGGAGGACGAGGACAAGGAGAACUUGUGCUGGAGGCUUUUUUUGAUCUGUAUAUUUGGAGCCGGCCAGCCUCCAAGCUUCAGCAGCAGAACAGCUCAGCCUGUGUGCGGAGGCUCGGCCAAAGUGAAAGUGCUUCACUGUAUGAGACACUUUCCAAACUGCCAGCGACGUGUGUCUGUGUGUGCAUUACUUCUGCAUCUAAAUGUAGAAUGAGGACGUUUAAGAGAGAGUCGGUGAAGUCUGCUCCUGCUCUUUCCGUUAAUAAAUAUGUCUAUUGUGUAUUUUCUGUCCGUUUAAAUGAUUUGAAAGAAUUGAACAGAAAAGGUCACUACAUUCAUGUGCCCUUAUAUUUGCAGUAUUACUACGCAAACAAAGUGGCAAGGGAAAGAUUGCGCUCCCUUUCAGGUGAUUGUACUUUGGUUACGGUUUUUUAUUGUGUUGUUGCUAUGGUGCUGUGUAUAACCAGCUGGAGACGGCAGAAAGAAGAGCAGCAAGAGCCAAGAAAUUCCUGCGUUAAGACUGUGAACAUAGAGUAUCGGCCAUUAUCUCAUCCCUGCUCAUUGAUACUCACACUGUUGCCAAUGUAUUCUUUAAAACUUGUGUGUGUGUACGUGUGUGUGUGUGCGUGAGGAACUGAACUAGCCAGUGUAUGAAGAUAUAAAUGAAUGAGAUGGAUACACACAGCAUGUAUAACUAUUAUUUAAUGUAUUUAAAUCUGCUUUACUGUGUUAUGUAUUAUGAGAUGGUUCAUAACU